AUGGCACCGAAGAAAAAAAAGUCAAAAGAUAAAAAAGGCAAGGUUGGAAAUGUGGCCAAAGGACAAAGUGGUGUUGCACAAUUUGUCAGUGAGCGGGAGCAAUACCUACAGAAGGAAUAUGCCACACUGACCGAGCACGUUGAUACAUACACCCAGCGCACGCAGCGCUUCCAGAGGGAAAAUGACUUCCUGGACAAGGAAGCGCAACAGAUCCGGGAGAACAGCAAGGCCUACCUCUCCUACCUGAACAAGCGCACCCUCCGGUGCCAGACUGCCAUUGUCACACUCAAUGACCAGAAUCGCUCAGACCUGGCACAAGUUCGGAAGCAAAAGGAGCAGAUGACCUCACAGUAUGCAGACAAGGAGAAGGAGGUGAGGAGCCAGCUGAUGGAGAUGGAGACCAAGUACUCCCUCAUGAACAGAGAGGUGGACGAGCUACAGCCCUUCAAAGAACUGCAGCUGGAGCAGAUAACUCGGAUCCGGGAACUGGAGAAGGAGCUUCUGGCCAUGAGAAUCCAGCAUUCAGAGCAAAUGCACAAGGUCAAGAGCCAGUUCCUGCAGCAGAAGGCUGAAUAUGAGAUGGAGUCCCAGCAGAAAGUCCAAGCAUUGGCCAAACUGGCUGAGAAGGAAGCUGUGCGCAGUCUGAUACAGCACACCAAGCAAGUGAAAGCAGAGAACUGGCGGCUACGCCAUGAGCUGCUCAACCUCAUUAGACGAGCUGAAGUCCUGAAAGACUUCAUGGGCCAGCUGAGAGAACAGCAGCAACAGCUUCUACGGGAGCACCAGUACAGCCAAGACCUUGCACGCAUGCGCCACUGGCUAAGGCAGCGUGGGGCUCGGCUCAUCAUCACUCCUGGCAACAGAUUCAGAUGCAGCCCAGCAGCCAAGAAUAGGACUCUUUCCCCCCAGGACAUAAAUGCCCCAUUGCCCAAAGAGGAGGAGCUAGGAGGACCUGCCAGGUAUUCCACGGAGAGAAAGGAGCAGGCUGCAAGCUAUGUCGUCUAA